UAUACUAAAGCAACUUAUAAUUGAUAACACAUCAUGCAGACCACGGUGUUAGAGACAUAAGAAAAUAGAAACAAUGAAUGAAUACACUCAUAAAGAAGUAACAAUUUAUUCAUUACUAGCCAUUCAAAGUUUCAUAUAUUUAUUAAUAAUGUGGUAGGUUACUGGGACGGGAUAGGCUGACAUAUUAGAACACACCUCCUGCUUUCUGAAGCGCUCAAUGCUGUACCACUACAAAUAACCGAGUCUCCUCCUCCAGGUCCCAGACCUGCACCCUUCCUCUGAGCUGUAAGACAGAAUGAAUCAGAGUGUUUGGAGCAAAGCCAUGUAUUCCUCCAGCAACAUCUGCCUGGAUGGCUGUGCUGCAGAGAAUCUCUCCUCUUUUCAGCCUGACCUCAUGCCAUCAAACUCAGAUUCAUCAGGUGUUUCUUUGACCUUACACAGAGAAGGCGAGAACAUGAAAACACUACCAGAUAGUGCUUAUUAUAGCAGUGUAGAUGCUGGUUUGAUGUAUUCCAGUCAGCUGGAUCUCACUUCAUCUAGAGGCAGCACCAGUGGACCUUUAUCCAUGAGAAGACACCCGUCUCCUGCACCCACUUCUUAUGGUCACCAUGACUGGAACCUGAACAGAGGCCAUCAAGCAAAGCGUGCGAGAGUAGAAAAUAUAAUCAAAGGUAUGACCAGCCCUCCUCAUAUGUACGACACAGAAGUGAAAACAAAUGAGCGUGAAAAGACCGACUGCAUGCACGAUGACGAAAAGAUCCAAGAAGCGCCUUCCCUUCAGAACCACAUGGAAAGCAUGGCUAAAAGCCAGGUAACAAGAAAGCAGCUGGAGAGCCAGCAUCAGCACCCCAGGCAGCUCAGAACAAGGGUUACUCACCUGGAUGGAGUGAGUGAAGCCCAUGAUCCCAUCAAAACAUCUGGUGAUGCGUUUACAGAUUUGUACAGUGAGUUUGAGAGCAGUUCGAGUCUAAAAUAUCAAGGAUGGAAGAAGGUUAAAUUGAUGAACUACUUCCAAUCCAAACCGACCAGAAUAAGGCUGAUGGCAGAUGUUCUGAAGUACGAGCUGUCCAGAGUUGUCAGCAAGAGCGUCGACUCCAUUUUCAAAAGCGUGCCGCUUUUACAGACAUCGCCAUACGAAGUGGAAAAUGUAGAGACUGGUACGCCUCUUCAGCCAUCGGUGAGCAGUGAUGAUGAUAAGUUAAGACUUCCAUGUUGUGGGACUCCAGAGGUGCAAACCCCAGAUGUUCAAACAGAAGCUCUGUCUCUGGUUGUGCAAAAACACAAACUGGAAAGAUCCAGGUUAACAGCUCACCACCGUCCAAAAUCUCCAACUUUCCUCAUCAAUGACUCCACCCUGCAGGAAUCUCAAGCAUCAGAGAAGAAUCACCGCACGGAUCAUCAUCGUGCUCUCAGGAGCCUACAGGACAGAUGCUCAGAAGAACACUGGAAGUCAGUCAAAGUGAGAUCAAAGGUCAAUUCCAGAUCUGUGAGAAGCCCACAGACUCACGCUGUGUCUGCAGGUCCGGUGCUUUUGGAAAGCAUCCAUCUCCCUCAUGUGAAGACAGAGUCUGAUAGCCUGGUGAAAAGCAACCUGUACAUGCUGAAUGAGGGUCUGACCACAAACCAUCUGAAGAAAGCAAAGCUUAUGUUUUUCUACACUCGCUACCCGAGUUCACUUGUGCUGAAGAUGUGUUUCCACGAUGUACAGUUCACGCGCUCUAUCACCUCUCAGCUCAUCAAGUGGUUCAGUAACUUCAGGGAGUUUUACUACAUCCAGAUGGAGAAGUUUGCUCGACACGCUCUCAUCGAAGGAGUGGCAGACGUGAGGGGUCUGACUGUGGGGAGAGAAUCAGAACUUUUCAGAGCUCUCAACAGGCACUACAACAAAGCCAGCGACUUCCAGGUGCCCGAGAGAUUCCUGGAAGUUGCUGAGAUUACACUGAGAGAGUUUUACGUUGCCAUUUCAAUGGGCAAAGAUCGUGAUCCAUCCUGGAAGAAGGCAAUCUACAAGGUGAUCUGUAAACUGGACACUGAUGUACCAGCUGAAUUCAAAAGUCAUCACUCUGGAUAAGAACCAGGAGACAUCAUGUGCCACAGUGACCGGUCACAAUGUGGACUUACUCAUUUCUUCAUGGGAAAACAUUUUUUUGUUUUUAAUUUAAUAAUAAUAAUUAAAAAAGAUUGGUCAUCUGAAAAGUAAUGUAGAUUCUGCCAUACAGAAGGCAGUGGGGUGUAUAUAUAUCUACUGUCAACCAUUUUUGUUUCAUCAUUGGCUGGAUAGAUGCAUGUAUUUUGCUACAUUAUAUAGCAACAAUACAUAUUUUACAUGAUUAAAAACAUUUUAUUGUUGACAAGACGAGUCACAGAUCACACUUUGUUUUCUGUAAACAGCACAAAAAAAAUUCCAAACCAGGAAUUUAAAAAAAUCUUUAAUAUUGAUGGAACAGAACUUAUUACUGUACAUACAAACAAAAUGACAAAAGUAUAUCGAAUGCAAACUAUUUAAAUUCUAGAAUUACAAUGUCAGUGAACCAGUUAAAAAAGUAUUAAUAUAAAGGAAUAGUUUCUUGCUUUGUUCCAUACUUACCACCUGGAUCCAUCCACUCAUUUACCACAUGGCACACUUCAACCGAUGGUCCAAAGCCAAUUUAAUCCUUCAUCAGAAGUGAUUUGUCCAUUUGUAAUUGUCGAUCCUUGUUGUGUCUUUCAGUUACCCCAGUAACAAUGUCGGUAAUCCAGAUUAAAUUUAUUGUAAAAAAAAAAAAAAAAAUCCUGAUGUGCUUGAUUUCAACAACAAACAGGGGCCAAAAAACCAAAAUAGUUUGGGAAACUAUACAUUUCACACUAAGAAGCCAUUUCACUAGGUACAACUGUUCAACUGCUUAUUAAUGCAAGUAUCUAAUCAGCUAAUUGCCAUGUAGAAAUGGUCAAACCUGCUGAAGUAAAAAAAAGUGAGUGGGAAAAAGUUGAUUAAAGGGACUUUAAAUGUGGCAUGUUUUUUGAUGCUAAUUGGGCUGGUCUGAGUAUUACAGAAACUGCUGAUCUGCUGCGGUUUUUACACAUAACCGUCACUAGGGUUUAUGAAGUAACAACAAAUAACCAUGUGUCAAAACCAAGGAAUGCAAAAGAACAUCACAGAGCACACAACACUUUGAACCUUGAAGCAGAAUGGCUACAGCAGCAGAAGACCACAUUGGGUUGCACUUCUUAAAGUCAACAAAAGGAAACUGAUGCUACAUAGGCUCACCAAAAUUGGACAGGAGAAGACUGGAAAAACCUUGCCUGGUCCAAUGAGCCUUGACUUCUGGUGCGACAUUGGGAUGGUAGAGUCAGAAGUUGGAGCUUGACAACUUGUUUUCCAUUACAACAGAGUACCAUCUAAUGUGCGUAGGGUCAUUAUAUGAAUGCGGUUGAACGCCAUUUGUAUGCAACACGGAACGCCACAACAAAGGUGGACGUCGAGACAAUGGUAUACCUGCAGUCAGUCUGUGGCUUUUCGUUAGACUCUGAGUGUUGUUUCUGUGUAGCCAUUUCCAUCAUUGCUGGAUUUCAAAAAUGGUGGGUUUGAUUUUCGUGAAGGAGUUGCUCUCAUGACUUAUCAAGUGACGUCCCUGACUAGCCAAUCAGUGGCAUGCAGUCUGUUGAUGUCACAUUUUCAGAUCGCUUUGAACCCCGGUCGAGUAGGUACUAAAAAAGUACCUGGUACCAGGUACUAAGACCUAAUGGCAAACCCUAAAAAAAAAAAAAAAAAUGUCGAGUUGAUCUGAGUAGAUCCUAAUGGAAAAGGGCUAUUAGAACUAAAUGAGCAUUGUUCAUAUGCCAGACAUACUGUUACUGACCUUGUCCUUCCCUUUAUGACCACAGUGUACCCAUUGUGUGGUGGUGGCUAAUGCACCAUGUAAACAGCUCAUAGCAUCUCACACUGGUUAUGGAACAUGACACGUUUACUAUACUAAAAUGACCUCCACAUUCACCAGAUCUCAAUCAAAUAGAGCACCUUCAGAAUGUGGUAGAAUGGGAGAUUCCACUAUGGAUGUGCAGCUGAAAAAUUGUGCAUUAACUGAAGGCAAAAGGAAGCCCAACCCAGUACUAGUAACAGGGAUGAUGUGGCCAGUGAGGGCAUAGUAAUCAAAAUGUGGUACAGGUAACAUCUUAUUUUGACUUUGAGAGCAUAAAAAUAAUAUUAGAAUUUUUUUGUUUUGUUUUUCUAAUAAUUAAAAAAAAUAAACAAAAACAAAACAAAAACUAGUAGCAGAAAACUUUUUGAAACGGGUGGUUUAAUCAUCUGAACGGCCAGUGUUCCCAGUAUUUUUGUGCAUGUAGUCUCAUUGACUAUUUCAUUUAAACCUAUGACAUCUAAGAACCCCAAACCCAGAGCGGACUGAUUUUUCCCUUACAAAAUGUUCUUCCAUAUUUUGACAAUUUGAUGCACUGUAAGCCAUUUCAACAGAUGCUGCCCACAGUCCAAUUUCAAACUAAUCAUCAGCUCUUUCUAAAGAUGUUGUGAAGGGACUGGGUAAAGCAAUCC